AUGGGUGAGUGGUUCAUUUAUUUCUUUUUCAGUAAAUUUUUUUAUUAUUCUGUAGGCUUUUUAUAUCUAAUGUUUUUGACUAAUGACCCAUCUAGCUUGGUGAUUUCAAACCUCUCAUAUCUUUUUCUUCUAUUUCUUGUUUCUUCUUAAGGUGUUAAUUAAGUUUAGAUAAUUGGAGUGAGUGCGAUUCCAUUUUUUUGCCCAGAUUUAUUGUCAGUAGUGAAUCAUUCAGAUUUUUUUAAAAUAAUAGAAAAAAAGGGACUUACCAAGCCGUUCACUUUGAGACACGAACAUGCCUUUUUUUUAGAUAGAAAAAAAAUUUUCAAACGGUCGAAACCAGCGCAAUAUUUAUUCGAUGAAAUGUCUAUCUUGCUUUUUUUAAAGUUAAUUUCUCUUAGAAAUCGCGUUGUGCAAAGAGACAGGCCACGCCCCUUUAACGUCUCAAGCUAACCGUGAAUCACAAGUAACGGUCUUUGGAAUUUCAGAAAAAAAUAAUAAAAUUUUUAAAUGUUUCAUUGUCAAAUUAAAAAAAUUAUUUAUGUGUUUCGUCGCAGCAGAAAAAGUUAUCGAGUCGUUAAGCUUAAUAAAAGGGCUUAUGAUGAAAUUACCGCGAAAAUCAAGCCGCUGAAAAUCUUUUCGGGAUGAAAUCAGCGUAGAAUAAAGUAUUGCAAAAUAUCAGAAGUUGGCAAAAUAUGGCUUUAAUGAGCGCUCCAAGGACAAUAUGUAAACUCGGUCAUUGGUAACGAGAAACUGACGUACUCCGGACGUUUUUGUGGGACUCUAGGGAUCAUUUAGAAGUGCUGACGCUAAAGUGGUCACUAGAAAUGCCGAGAAACGUCCGGAGCACGUCCGUUUCGCGUUACCAAUCUCCGAGAACUAUUUUGAGGUUCAUUUCUUUUAAAAAUGAUAUUGGUAGUGUUCAAAUUUUUGAUAAAAGCAUGUCAGCGCAAUUUGAAACCAUUUUUUUGGCCAAUUUUUCGACGCUCAUUUCUUGCACCGUCUUUCCAUGGCUUCUUUCACGCGGUCAUUUUAUCAUAUAUCCAUUUUAAAUAUUUUUCUCUCAAUAUUCACUAGAAAAGUUCAAGUAGAACGGCUUUCUAAUUUAUUGAUAUCAAGACCUCGUUGCUACGACUACAAAUGGACUCGAAACUACCAAAGACAUCCGGUUGCCUCAAGCGUCUUCUGCGGUCGAAAACGGUCGUCCUAGGAGCCAAAUCGAGAAUCAAGUCACCCCCGGCGAUCUCAUAACUGAUAGGUUUUUAUUAAAAAUGAAGAGAAGAAAUGUGUCGAAAACAUGAUUUCGAGUCAUAAGUUAGUCAUGCCUUUAAUCGUUUAUAUGAGGUCAAAACCUUCUUUCUGAAAGCCGUUAGUAUAACUGGAGUGAAUUCGAAGCGGAAAACUUUGACUUGAAAAAAAGAAAGUAAACUGCAUUAGGAUGGUUUGAUAAGGGAAUAAUAGGGAAUUUGGAUGAUGCUUACAAAACUAAUUAUAAUCAGAUUAUUUUUGAAAUAAGUCCCAUACAUACUUCAUCGUUUGAUAAAUUAGAACCAUCCGUUUUUAUAUUGCAAUUACGACGUCUGUACGGUUCAGAAGUGUACAUCAAAGACCUCGGCGAAACUUUUUUUCGUCAGGAAAGUUUUGGCUUCGACUUGUACGUCCUUGGAAAUGGAGAAGGAAACUUCGCAGGUAUCUUUUCUGUUUUUCAAUUAUACAUUGAUGCGAAGCAAAGUGAUAUUUGAAUGGAUUAGAAGAACUUAUAAAUAUCAAAGCUGUCCUCUGGGCUGCCCAUAGCGUUGCAACGUGGUCGAAAAAUUUGCCACUUUUCGAACCUUUUUUUCUCAAAAAAAAAAGUAAAUGUGCUGUUUAGAAAAAUUAUGAGUUUCUGGAAACCAGAUGACGACAGAAAUCGAAAAAAAAAAUAAGGAAAAAAAGGACUUGCAGAAGUGACAGCGAGCGUUCUUCGCGCAGUCGUGGCGCCACCGCGACUUGUCCUCAGUCUCCGUCGCUUCCAGAAAUCCACGCUGCUGUCGCGCCUACGGCCUACGAAGAUGUGCCGGCGUCUUCCUACCGUCAGUCGUGUCAGUUUUCGCUUUUUUUUCUUUUUUUUAUAGCUAGUUUGAUAGCUAACUUUAGUGAAGAAUUAAAUCAGAAAUACUUUUUUAGUGCCCCAUUUCAAUCUAAAAACGAAGCAAAUUGUUUGAACACGCAAAAAGAAAACUUUCUUCAAAGCCGUUUCCAAGAAAGUUUACUAUCUGUAAGUGUCUUCCCAGUAAAAAUGUAUUUUUAAAUUAUUUUUCUCAGAGACCCAUUUGAUAAGUUCUGAAAUCAUCAUCAAUAUUUAUUGGUUGUUUUAGUCAGAUGGAAUCGACUAGGCGGUGAAAAAAUUGCUCUUUUGAGCGGCACUAACACCGCCUUUGGCGAAAAAGAAGUCAAAACGUGUAGUUGAUUGAAUUGAAAGCAUGGUCGUACGGUCCUUCUCCUCUCUCUUCCACAAGUAGAUCCCUCAGUUUCGCUUGUACGGGCACGGCGGUGAUGGUGGGGCUCGGGCACGGACCCCGUGUACACUCUAGGGUAGCCUCGGCCAAUUGUGAUUAAAAAAAUGAUUUAAAAAAAUCAAGAACAAAUAAAUACGCAUUUAAGAAAAAAAAAGAAAUUUUGAGGCUUUAAACCAAUGUACGGUUUUCCAAUUAAUGACUGCAAACUUCUUGAGCUUUAUUUUAAAAAGUUUAAAAAAAAACGAUUAUUCGUUGAUAUUUUUUUGCACUCGCCAAGUGGGAGCGCAAGAGGCGGUUGCACUCGAAACGCGUAAAUCCCCGGCUCUCCACGUUUUGGCCGAUCUUUCCCAACUUGACAAAUAACCAAUCUUCUCACGUUUCUGAAACCAUCCGUCUCCUUGCGCGUGUUCGAGGCGUCGCUUUCCCUAGCUUUAGGCCAAAACUCGCGAUUUUCGUAUCUCGAGCAGAGCUUUUUUCCAUUGAGCAACAACGUCACUUCUCACUUUGCGUGCGCCUGUUAUUUUUUCAAACCUCAUUUAUCUCUCAUUUGCUUUGUUCUUUCUCUACGUACAACUAUCUCUUAAGAUUCUAGGCGAAACGUCAGCCCCCUUGGUUGCAUACAGACCGGCACUCGACCAGCCUACAUCUUCUGCUGGGUUCGUUUCCGUUUUCUUGUUUAUAAACGUCUGUCUUUCAAUCUCCAAAAAUUCUACUACCUACUACAUUCUUUUUUCACUGUUUUUCACUUCAGUUUAAAAAACUAGAAAGUAUCUCAAAUCAUUCAAAAAAAAAAAAAAAAUCUGGAGAUUUUAUUUGAAAAUGAGCAUUUUUUUCUAUAACGAGGGAGGUCAUUUUUCUUUUGCGGUUGGGAGUUUUCUGAAAGCCAGAACCCUUCUUGAUGUACCUGAUGAAGAUCCAGAAUGUCUCAACCUGCACAACUUCCUACUUUUUGAGAAAUAAGGGCCUAAAGUCUCAAAAUAGCCGAUUUUUAUGGGUUUUGAGAGGUUUCUUUGACUUUGAGGUGUCUUUUCCCAAAAACCAGGAUUUUUAGCUGGUUGAGACUUUCAGAAUCUUUAUCUGAUACGUCAAGAAGUGUUUUGGCCAAUUUUCAGGAAAUUCCCAACCGCAAAGUGAAGUGACCUCCCUUGUCCGAUGUUUAGUCAUUUUUUUAAAUUUCAUGUUUUUCACGUAGUUAACCUAGAAAAUUUAGAAGCGUAGAAGUGCAGCCGCUAACAAUCGACCAAUCGAGAGCGUCAGUCUGUUCGGCGGUUUCUUUGGUCCGCGCAAAGAUUGUCGACGAGCCUUCGACGUCUUCAGGCGGCGUGAGUCGGGUGCAGAUCAAAGGGCAAAAGUCUGUCGUCUUCCGACCGCCCACCCUCAUCGCCUCUGUCGAGUACGACGACAAGGAUUCCGACGAGGGUUUCCUUUCAGUUGUUUUCCUCUCAACGCACUCUUUACGAGUUUUAAGAAAACAUCAACUACGAUCCCAAUACGGAAAGUGAAGAAGAGACUGAAGUGACGGCGAAGGAAGUCUUGGAAGUUUCUCCGCAGACGAAUCGCAUGAUGCUUGAAGGGUACAAACGCGUCGAAGCCAAGGUUUUCUCUUUGUUUGUUUAUUUCUCAAUACACUUCAAUUUUUUUUUCUUUCGUUAAUCAUGAGAAGCAUAGAUGGGAUAAAAAAAAACAGUAAAAAAGGACUUGGCUCUCGCCAGUCAUGCUCAUCCCAUGUAUGAUGAGAAGGAAAGUGCAAAAGAUGAGGAGCUGAAUUUGAUGAAACUUGACUGGAAAGCACUCCAGAAUCUCCUGAUUACAGAUCAGUGGAGACUGAAUGUACUACAUAAUGUUUUUUUUUUGGAAAUACGCCGUUUAAGUUCUCUAUAAGGGCGGGGCUGACGGGCGUCGGAUUAAAUCCCAGACAAGAGCGGAAAUGAAGACCGACCAAUCGGGUUAUGGAAAUGAAAUGAUAUACCGUCUUUGUGCAAGUUGAAAUUUAUGUUUAUUAUCAGUUAAAUUUAGGAGUGUUGUUGAAAAUUGUGAAGAUUAAAAUAGGAUUGGCUCUGUUAACGUUGUAAGUUCCUAUAAAUUUCAAAAAAGACCAUAAUAAACCGAAUAAAGCAGGACUUUGAGGAAGUUUUUUGUAGGAGCCGAAUUUCACUGCGAGGCCAGAAAAGCCGGUUUUACGGAAGCCGGGUCAGCCGUCACGCUUUCGAUCUCGUCAUUUACACGAUUCCUCGAACCGCAACUCUUCAACGUCUUUGAAAGAUUCGAGGUACAAAUACUUUUUAUUAUGAAAAAUCCGAAAAUUUUGCAGGGACGACGAAAAUCUGCCCGACCGCCAAGCUGAUGACAGCGACAGCGACGGCCCUAUACGAUAUCGCGAUGACCCCCCGAUGGUAGCCGCGGCCGCUGCUGCGAGACGUGCUGCCAACGUCGCGACGUCUUCUGAAGAGGACGGGGACAAAGAGGAAGAGGAAGAUGUCCCACGAAGCGGACUCGCUUCGAAAGUCCAACGAAAAGACACGUUGGCCUUGCGGUUGAACGCGCCGCCCUGCGUCGACGACAUCAAUGGCCAGACAUCCGAUGAACGCAAAAAGCUUAUGCACACCGCCUCGAUGAAAUUAGCUAGGUAAGAACGUACAAAAAGAGCUUUUAGCGCAACAGAGUGUGCCUAAUAACGAUUCUCCUGAGGCGAUCUGAAAAUUUAAAACUAAUGUCGUUUUCCAGGAAACUGAGCGAACGCCCCUCUGCCGAAGAGCUUGAAGAACGGAAUAUACUUCGAAGAGCCGGCAUGAGUCAAGCGACGAUGGAAGAAAAAAGGAAGCUGUUGCUGCGCAAGGUCAGAUCGACUUUAGAAACUCGAGGUUUUUCGGUUUCAGCUGAGUUUUCGUCCGACCAUCGCUCAACUCAAAGAACAGCAAAUCAUCCAAUUCAAUGACUACGUCGAAGUAACUCAAGCCGAGAUUUACGAUCGGAAAGCCGACAAGCCGUGGACACGCCUCACUGCCACGGACAAGGUCAGCCAUACUGUACAAAAAAGAGAAGCCUCUUUCUUUAUCAGUAGCCCACCAUUAUUAGAAAGCCCUCUAACUAUCCGGUUGAAAUUCUUUUAAAAAUCUAUGAAUUCUCGAAUUUUCGUGACUUUACAUAGUUGUAGCCCUAGAUCCUGAGCUGAUCGAUGAGUUUGAAAAGAAAAAAAAAAACAAAAAAAAAUCGUCCAAGGAAACCAAUUUCUUCAUGAAGACCUUUGAAGAGUUUUUGAGAAAAAACUGGAAAACUUCAUAUUUUCAAGUUAUAUGACCUUUAAUCAUCCUGAAAUUCCGAAAACGUGAAAAAAUCCUCUUCAUUGUAGGCCUUCAGUGAUCCUGCUAGGUUUGGAUUGAGUUUCAAAGCUUUAUUAAAUAUUGAAACGGCUUGAAAUGUCAUUAAAUUUGCGAAUGGUAGUGUAGAAGUUUCCAGGCUUCACUUAUGUUUUUCAAUUUCUGCCUUUCCUUGCUAAAUUAAAGACUCAAAGAGAGAAAAUUCGAUAUAACAGAAUAAUCGUUUUCAGGCGAUGAUUCGAAAAGAACUAAACGACUUCAAGGCUUCCGAAAUGGCAGUUCACGAAGAAAGCCGGGUAUUCACAAGGUUCUGUGUUUUUUUUUUCCUUCAACCAGAUCACGGCUUAAUUCAGGUUCCACCGACCGUGA